CUCCAACGUCACGUCACGUACCUUGUCAUCAACAACCUGGAAGGGAACCAAAGCCAUAAGAACGGCGAGGGAAAGUAACUCUGACAUGCAUGUCUACGCAACAAAUACCUGACUUACUCCGAAAAUGACAACUCCGGCUGAGCGAAUGACACUCACUCCCCGCCUAGCGUCCUCCUUCCCCCUUCGCUCGGUACAUAAAGAGAAAGUACCAAGCUGGGAGAGGAGCCAAGUUGUUGCCUAAGUAGACCUGUGUCGCACCAUCCCAUCUGACGUCGUGAAACCCUUCCUUUUCCUCUCCCAUCUUCACCAACCUCUCUUCGUCCAACCUACUACCUUAAAUUACAAAAGCUCGAUCGACUUAUCCCGGCCUCACCCUCCGCCUUCGAACCGUCAACAAGAGGAACCAAGAAAUCCCGCUCACCCAAAACUUCCAUCCACCAACCACAAUCAUGUCCAAGUCCAAGGCCCCUAUUUACGCAGGCCUCGCUGCUGCCAGCGGCAUUGGCUACUAUCUCUACCAAGCAGGCGGCCAUCCCAGACCAGCCGAGAAGAAGUUCGAGAGCGACGUUCACAAAGCCUCCGCAGACAUCAAAAAGCACCUCCCCGGUCGGGAUCCGGAAGCCGAGAAGACGCUCGCAGACGCCGGUGGUCGUGCUGGUGCCAAGAUCGAUUCAAUCGCAUCCGAAGCGGACAAGCAGUACUCCGUUACGAAGAGCAACGUCGAAUCUUAUGCUAAGGACGCCAAGGCCAACACCGUCAAGGCCGUCAACGAAUUCGAUCGCAAGGUCGAGGAUUCCGCUUCCAAGGCCAAGACUGGCCUCUCAAGCUGGUUUGGCAGCAGCAAAUAAGGGCGUUUGAGGCUGGAGGAAGCUGAUAUCCAGAACUGGAACUGGAACUGGAACUAAGGAAAUAUUGUUCCUGUGUAGGAGAAUAUGAAUUCGCGACUUUCCCGAGUGGGAUAACCAUCAUGGUCCCAACUUCGCAUUUUUUUUCGUAUCUGGCCCCGAGGCCCUGGGUCGAGAAGUGAACGGGAUGGAAUGAAGACGGAAACUAUAGCUAAUGUUUUUGUGUCUUUCAAAUGAAUUUUCAUUAAUUCCACCUCUCUUCAAAACCUUCUAUUCUGCCCAUUAGUGAUACACCGCAGCCGCUAUUGUUUUUUAGAAAUAAUACA